CUUGGGCCAUCAUAGAUCCAACAUGCCCAAGAAGAGGCCCAAAUUCAAGACUUGCUCUCUACUCCUCCUUUCUUUCUCUCACUCUAUUACAGACGCUUCUUUAGAACAAGCAAACACAACUCUGCUACCCUCUUCUCUCUCUCUCGGAUUUCUUGCGCGGUUUAUCAUGGGGGAUAGUCAGUAUUCGUUUUCUCUCACCACAUUUAGCCCUUCUGGAAAGCUUGUUCAGAUUGAGCAUGCUUUGACGGCUGUCGGGUCUGGACAAACGUCUUUGGGAAUUAAAGCUGCAAAUGGAGUUGUCAUUGCUACCGAGAAGAAAUUGCCAUCUAUAUUGGUUGAUGAAGCAUCAGUCCAGAAAAUUCAGUUAUUAACACCAAAUAUAGGUGUCGUAUAUAGUGGCAUGGGUCCUGAUUUUCGAGUUUUGGUUCGGAAAAGCAGGAAACAAGCCGAGCAGUAUCACCGUUUAUAUAAAGAACCAAUUCCUGUCACUCAACUUGUCAGGGAAGUUGCCGCCGUAAUGCAGGAAUUUACUCAAUCUGGUGGUGUUAGGCCUUUUGGAGUGUCCCUGCUAGUUGCUGGGUUUGAUGAUAACGGGCCACAAUUAUAUCAGGUGGAUCCAUCAGGUUCAUAUUUUUCUUGGAAAGCUUCUGCUAUGGGGAAAAAUGUUUCUAAUGCAAAGACGUUUCUUGAGAAGAGGUACACAGAUGAUAUGGAGCUUGAUGAUGCAGUCCACACAGCAAUAUUGACUCUGAAGGAAGGGUUUGAGGGACAGAUCUCAGGAAAAAACAUUGAAAUUGGCAUAAUUGGAGCUGAUAAAAAGUUCAGGGUAUUGACACCAGCUGAAAUUGACGACUAUUUGGCUGAAGUAGAAUAAUCUGCAAUGAAGAACUCUUGUGUUCCUGAAGUUGUUUGUUUCACAGUUGGGUUUAAUUGGUAGCUUAAUUAUUGACAUUGUGAUGGCAAUAGUGAAUUUGCGAGCUACUCGUUGUGAUGACCAGCAAGCCUUCAGAUAAACCCUUUUCCAAAGUCAUCAACAUUUUCAAACAAACCUAGUUUGUUUAGACGGUGCGGAAUGACUUAAUGACUAUUGCUAAUUUAUUAUUUUCACCCUUUUAGAAUCUGAUUGUUCCUUAUCUCUGUUAUUUUUAUAUUUCCAGUUAAGUUCAAUGCAUUAUUAAUUGCACUGCGA